UGAAAUGGAGCAGGUAUACCAGCAGUUACAGGAGCAGGAUGCUCGACUCAUCGAGAUUUUCCACAGAGAAGAAAUCGACAAUAUUGAGACAUUUAUGGAGUUAAACGACCUGGACUACAAAAGAUUGAACAUGACUACUAAAAUGAUAAAAGUGGUCACAAAAAUUCAAGAACAACAGCGCGUAACUGAAGAGACAGAAGAAUGGAUUGAAGAAGAAACCCCCGCACAGCCUUCCCAGAUUGACCACCCGAGGAAUAUUAACGAACCCCAAAUUCAUGUUGCUGACCCAGAAAAUUUGUAUGCUGGUAUCAACCUUGAAGAGAUUAUCGACGUCAACCUAAUAUUUGAGAGAACCGCUAAUGGGAUUAAAGUAAUGGAAGAGUUGAAUGAAAACCCACGACCGAAUGAUGCUAUAAUCAAACAAGUCACAAAAAUAUUAUGUGAAUGCCUCAGGUCGCUUUUUGGUUGGCGACCGAGUAACUUCUACAAAAAUCAAAUAUCCCUAUCGCUUGUUCGUACGUAUCCUAGUCUUGCUUCGAAGAACGAGGACGUACCCCAGGCACUAUGGUUCCAUCCGCAUGCGCGAGGUACAAAUAAACACGCUGGUCGCAUAUUCUAUCACAUGGAAUAUUUAGCCAGAAAAUCUGAUGAGCGCAUAGUGAAACGACGCCGAAUUGAAGAUCCUGCCAAUCAAGAUGUUGCACCAAGCACUUCUGAAAACACCGAAAUGGAUAAUAUUCGAGAACUGGUCCUUGAGUUGAAGACAAUCGUUCCAAAUCAGCAGGCUAAGGGUCAAGUGCUGAAGUUGUGGACCAGUACUUUUUCAUUCCGACAGAAAUAUCGCGACCAGGAGAACUUCUACGAUUUUAUUUUGGAUUUCCCGGUGUUCACAGCGUUUGAUGGAGAACUGAUUUCGUGCGAUUUCAGGAAAUUGAAACCUGAGGCGGAGACAUUCGCCGACGUUUGGGCACCGUUGGAAGAAAAAAUACUGCAGCAGCACAAGGAAUGCUACUGUGAAAUACAAUCAGAUUUCGUUCGUGCGCUGGCGAUUGUAAAGCCUAGUACGCAGUUCUCAAGGAAAAAGGUCAAGGAAAAUUUGAUCAAAUAACCAAAGUAAUUUUGACAAUUGAUAAAAGUAGUAGAUAGAGUAGGCGAAAAAAUUAUGUUUUGUGCUGUCACCGCUGUCACC